UAUUCCAGAUUAUAUUUUUAACACUUCAUCUUAUGAUAUUAACAUGAAAAGAGUGGAUAAUCAUUCAGCUUUGAGCUUGUUGGAGGAAAACGAAUUGAAGAGCUUAGUACAGUCUGAGCUUCCUAUUGAGAUCGCAGAAAAUCGCAAUGUUAUAGAUCAUAUUGAGAUCUUACCGCCGGUUAUGAACUUUGUGGAUUCUUACGAAGGAAAAGAGUUCACUAAGAGGCUAACCCUGAGGAACGUUGGAAGUAAAACUGCUUCUGUCAGAAUUGGUGCCCCAACUGCUAAUACAUUCAGACUCAAACCCAUGAAAAGAGUUUGCCGUUUGCCACCUGGUCUAUCCUUGUCAAGGUUGAUAAGGAUGAAAUAUUCAAGAGCUUUUGCCGUCCACGACGCUCAAAUACUAAUUUACAUCAAUAACUCCAUUGUACUGUACCCACUCACCAUUUUUCUGAAUCAGGCGAAGAUAAUAGUUGAACCGACAGAAAUUAACUUCGGAAGAAUUGACGCUGUAAGUAGUGUGGUGGCUAAAAAAGUUGUGGUGAGAAACGACGGUACCAAAAACACGGCCUUCUGCAUAGAUCUGGGUAGAAAUGAGCUCGAGCUGAUAGUGGAACCAACCAGGGGAGUCCUGCAGGCUAGCGAAGCAGUGACCUUCAAACUGGAGGUUAUGGGUUUUCACGAAGGACCUUUCGAGAAAGAAUUCUGGAUCAAAACUGCCCCACCAAAACGAGUCACCGUUGUCGGCGAGUUCAUAACACCAAAAAUAAUAUCUACGUAUCCGAAGGCAUAUGCAGAUUUCAGCAUGGUCAUUUUCCCGAGGAUAUACAUCGGACAAACAGCGACCAGAACAUUGAUGGUCAAAAAUAUAAGCUCUUGCGAUGCUAUGUUUUGCAUCAAGGGAAUGGUGAAGAAGAAAUAUGUGCUUUAUGAAGAAGCAAUGGAAGAUAACGAACAUUAUCAAUGUUUCCAUGUGAACCCCUUGGAAGGCAGAAUUGGUUCGCAGCAAACCACUGUUGUCGAAAUCACUUAUGAGCCUUUACAAACAUCUGAAAACCAUGCAGUCUGCUUCAUUCAAGUUAUAAGGGUUGAUUGUACAGAUGUCGACGACUCUGUUGUCAUCAGGGUGAACGAAACUCCAGAACCGUCAGCGGUGCCUCAUCAGGAUAGGAGCAGAAGUUCAUUGAUGACAAUCACUACGACAAUUCCACAAGCACCACAUGAAGAUGACGAAGAGGCAGAGAACGCCAGAAUCGAAAACCUCGUCACUGACGAAAAAAUAGCAGAGUGCGAAUCUUUCAGGGUUUGUUUGUACGGCGACAAAGAACCGGCUGUAGUCAAGCUGAGGCCGGAAAACAUUCACUUGAACCAAAUCCAAGUGAACGACCUCUACCUGCGAGAAAUCUCCUUCGAAAACCUCUCCACCUAUCUCCCCAUCAACGUGGUUUAUAUGAAAGUGGCUUUCAUCGACGUCCAACCGCCGAAGAUUUUCCUGAAACCGAAGGAGAAACGGGAGGUCAUCCUGAAAAUUCGGACCAAGAAGGCUGGCUACCAUUGCAGCAAGGCCAGAUUCGAACUGGUGGUUUACGAGAACUACGAUAUUUUGCACAAGAAGCAGAAGGUCGUUGUCGGCGUGCUCGACUUGAAAGUGACCUUCACGGGAAUCUUGACGAAAGUAACCCCCAAGACCAAGUUCGUGACGACGCUGACGCCGGACAACCUGAACGAAGUCGGUUUCAUGGCUCAAGACGUGAGGUUCAACACUAAGGUUCAGAAGAUGAAGUCUGCCGUUAUUUGCGAGAACGAGGAGGUCUUCAGGGAUGAUGACAGUGAUUUGAUUGCAUUUCCGAACGAUAGGGCGCAGUCCUUGCGGCCCUGGAGAGAGGAGAAACCAAUCAAGACGAUUUUUGCUAAAAUACCUAGGAACGUAGUUUCCCACGACGAGUAUAGUUUUCCUCCGGAAGUCCUUCUGUUGAAAAAGGAUAACAGAGAUUACUACCUGAAAUAUAUAAGAAAUAAACAGAAGAAAUCAGGCAAGCGAGUGACUGAUAAAUCUCAAGACUACACCGUUACUAGAUCGUGGAUGUUUCAACGAUUCAUAUGCGAAAUGGAGGAAAAGAAAAAACCCAAUAUUUCCAUCGCAGGAUUCGUACCAUUGUCGCCGAUUCUGCUUCAUAAUAUCAAGAUAAGUCCCAGAUACAUUCGGCUUCAGAGGGUCGCCCCGAUAAGCAACGUAGAGCACCAAUUCACGAUCUUCAACGACAACCCCUUUCCACUCUUCAUCUACGUCACCUCGGUCAAGUCCGGCAUCUACUUCCCGCAGGGUCACUGCAAAAUCGUCAAUCCCCACGAGGUGAAAAUAAUGACGCUCACCUGUUUCGCCGGUCUGGUGGGCCGCUACAUCAACCUGAUCCAAGUGAUCGUCAAUUUCUGCCACUUAUACACCAUAAGCGUGAUGGUGGAAGUCGUACCCAAGAUGAUAAACCUGGACGAGAACGUGCUCAAUUUCGAGCCAGAAAAAAGCGGCAACAUCAAGUUCAUCCAGCUGCAGAACCAUCUAAACUCUUCCAUCUCGUUCUCUACGGAGAUGUCUACGUCCAGGUUCUCCAUACAACCACCCUCCGGCACCAUACUGCAGAAGAGGAGCCUGUUUUGCGCGAUCCAAUACAACAACCUACCGGAAAUGCCGGAUUAUUGCGAAUUGGUGCUGACGUCCGAAGGUGGCGGUUCCCAGAUCCUGCAGAUCUCGAGGAAGAAAGAGAAGCCGGUGAUCGAUAUAAAUCCACCGCGUUUAACCCUGCUGAAUCUCCCGUUGAACAUGCAGACAACGCACAUCGUGAGGCUGGUGAACAUGAUGAACUACGAUGUCUGUUACAUAGUCGUGGAUCCUUCUCCAGCCCAGGGCAUCGAGAUUUUUCCUUACGAAGGCGUGAUAGAACCUCUGGCGGAACUGGAACUGGUCGUGAACAUCAUCAUCGAUUACACCGAGAAUUUCGACACCAAAUUCGAGUUGGUGUUCGAAGAUCACUUCAGCGUCUUUGUUCCCAUCCAGGGCCAUGUCGUGGUGCCCACGAUCGACAUAAGGCCGGAAAAUAUCGUGAAUCGACAACUGAUACCGUUCGCCUAUCGAAGAAACGUAUUUUACGUGAAGAACGAGUCUACCUGCGAAUGCGUCGUCAGGUUCGAUCUGGAUCAAUACGAAUAUUUCAGGGUGACGGAAACGGAAGACGAGAUGGACUCCACGAUACACAACACCAACCUGAAGCUGCUGCCUGGGGAGGUGAAGAUGCUGUUUCUUCACUUCCAACCCAUGGACGCUCUCACUGAAAGUUUUUAUAUGCCGGUGAUAGUCAACGAUAUCAUAGGUCCGCCCUUCAUGAGCAACUUGGAAUCCAUGCGUUUCAAGCUUCAGGAGAAAGACUCGAGUACUGAAAUCAAGCUGCCUUGCUUGAAGAUAACGAGCAUAUGCAGCACGAUCAGCCUGCAUUUCUCCACCUUGAAACUGAGCUUCGUGUACGCUUUAUCGGACGUGGACACCGAACAAUUGACCAAGUUUUUCACGGUCAAGAAUUUCGGGAACGAACAGGUUGAGUUUUGUAUAAGAACCGAUAAGUUGAUAUCGCAAUUUCUCAUCGAGUACCACAGCGGGGUCAACGUGCAAGAGACCAACUCCUCGCUUGUUUGCAAGCUACGCCCUUCAGAAUCGACCAUAUUUGUUGUGAAAUUUAUGCCCAGCGUUCCUGGAAAGUUUGUCAAUAAUCUUUCGAUUUACGUCAGGAAUUAUUUGGACGGGUGCACCUUCAAUUAUUUGAGACUGGUUGGUGUUUACGAAAUACCAACGAUGAGCACAGAUAGAAGCACGUAUUACUUGUGUUGUACUCCUGUGGGCUUCAAAAGUGCAGUCAUGCUGGAUCUGCACAUGCAAUAUCACGACGUGAACUGUCAAGUCAGUUUCGAUCUACCACCUCCGGAUAUCACGAUCACCCAUAGAGAAAGGGCUAGCCGGAAAUUCAAGAACAGCACCAAGAUCAAGAUCCUCUUCUUCUCUUCACAACCGACGUGUCUAUUCGAAGAUAUAAAUUUCCAAUGUUCUUGCGGCUCUAAAUGCACGAUAAAGUUGGUCUGUCUCUGCGACAAUUCUUAUCUCAGCCAUUAUGGGUUCUUCUCGAACCACAAGAAUUUCUUCAGGGAGAAUCUGGUACUUCCCGCCAAGAAUUUCGAAUUCGAGAAUUGUCCGAUUGUUCGUACGGCACAAACGCCACCUAAAGCCAGUACAAGUAUCAACUUCAUUAAAUACCUGGAUCUUGGGGACUACCCGGAAAACGAAAAUUUGUUUGAUUUCCCAUUUUUCCCCUUGGAUACCGACGAAGAAAAUGAUUACGAUUAUCACGAUAGGAUGAGGAAGACCCUUGUGUACGUAGAAAGAUGGAUGUACUCACAGGGCUUCUACAAAACGCACUAUUAUACGAUACCGUAUACUAUAGCACUUGCGCCGAUAAUAAAACCGAAGGAUAUGAAAAAGGACACUUUGAUCGAGCCUACAAUACUUACUUUUUUGGUGGAAUUGGCAGGAGAACAAGUGAGAGAAGCCUCUAUCACAAGCAAAGUGAAUGCCUUCAACGACAAGAACAUCGCACUACACUUCAUGAUCACCUAUGCGAAUAUGUUGAAGUACUUGCACGGUCAGGGAGCCAUAAUGCCUCACGUCGUUCCAGAGCUCCUGCUCAGCUAUGAAUACUACCAAAUCAUCUGCACAUAUUGUCCGCAUCUCCUGAACAUCAAGGAUACUUUUGACAAGAAGAGAUUCCACAUGUUUAGCGCUCGAUGCUACCUCGACUUGAUAAUGCAGAGCAUCAAGUUAUUCAUACUGAAACGCUUGAAGAUGUUCGACAUAGAGGUAGAACCACCUUCGUCGGAAGAUCUCGCUUCGGAAGAGAGGCUAUCUGCCAUUUCAACCUUGACCCCAGUUUCCUGCCAAAUAAUGGUCAUCAGACCAAAUAGCAGCAUUUAUACUCCGUACGAACAUAUUCUGCUAUAUUGGCUGCAGUAUCACUACGACAACCAGAAGAAUCGACUGUGGAAAUCUCUGUUGAGCGACGGUAUCAAUCAACUCCCGUACAAGGAAAUCAAGCUUUUCGAAGAGGACAUGAACGAUAGCCUUGUUUUCGCCUGCGUUACCAAUGCGUAUUGCCCGUACCUGUCACACCACCUGGUCGAUAUGUUUGUUCCUCCUGUAUCGUUCGAAGAACACCACCACAACGCUUGCGCCCUCAUCAAAACUUGGAAUUUCCUAAAGCUGAGCUUUACUCUCGAACCUGAAGAUAUCGUCUAUCCGAAUGGGGUGAACAUGUUCCUCCUCACCCUGUACCUAUACGAGAUCUUGCCGAGCUUCUUCCCCAAAGAAGUGCUGACCCUUCAGGCGAAACUGACCCAAGAAUCCAAGGCUACCAUAAACCUCACGAAUUUUUCUGACCAUCCGAUUCUGUACGCUGUCACGUUCUUCAGCAACGAUUCUGGUUCUUUCACCGCAGAGAGUGACGUAUUCAAACUGCUGCCGAAGAAGGUGGGUAGUAUGAAGAUCAAAUAUCAAGCCAAGAAGAUUUCGUCUCAGAGGGCUAUCCUGGUUUUGUCUGGGGAAUUGCCGGGACAGAAAUACGGGAGAAGUAGAGCCAUUCAUCUGAAUGGCAUGACCGACUUGAAUUAUACGGUCAAGAGGGUGGAGAUAAAAUCUGAGUUGUAUAAGAUCGACCGGAUGAAGAUCCAGUUGUACAGUCCGUACAAUGUGACGGACACUUACGAGAUGUUUUACGCCAUCAGCUACGAGGAUAACCCGGAAUCUGAGGAGCUGCAGCUCCACAGUUGGAAGGACUAUGUACUUGGUAAAGUACCGAAAAGAAUAUUCUCCAAGGAGUAUCAGUUCACAAUUACCAACCCCGAAGAAGGUUUCGUUUUCGAGCCAAUAGUAAGCUGCGAAAUGAUAACGGUCAUAAUAUACAAGAUGUUCAUGGUGGGACGACAUGGUGACUGGUGUUUCGAAAUCAAGAGCAUACCGAAAAUAUCCAAACAGACGCAUGAGGUCAUCAACGUCUCCCUGCCACGAGGAUUCAAUUCCCAAUCAUGUUCUUGCAGGGAGAACAGCACAGAUAUUCCGCUGAUUUGUCCGAGGACUAUACACAUAAAUAUUCCGGCAAGGAAUAAUCUCUUUUACAAAUCGACCAGGGAAAUGUUCAUCGCGUGCACUGACGAGCAGUACCUAGCUUUCUGGAGAAAAUAUCUUCCUACCAGGACCGUUUUGAAUAUCCUGAAACUUCUCUACACUUCAGCGGAACUUUUCACGGAGACAAGUUCAGAACUGAAGGACUUUUUCAACAAGUCUCGUAUGUUCAAUAUUUUUACUGAGGGAAAUUCUCCAUUUACCGCACAGAAACAGGUCGUGAUAGAUGAUGUCACAGCGGAUAAAAAUGUAGAAAUUUUGAUCCAUGCCAAUCCCGAUUUCAAUCUAUCAAGUGGAAGCUACUAUCUUGAAUUGGAAACUGAAUCCCGAUUUUGGAAACGAUAUUACAAGCUGAAUUUUUACGAAUCCUAAUAAAGUUAAUUCAUCAAAA